ACAAUCAUCAACACCUUUAUUGGAACUGUAUGCAGUUCAUGCAUGCGAAGUAUAAUAUAGCUGGUAAUGAUGACGCUGUCGACUCAGGACUACAAAAGACCUCACUUGCCCGCAGUCAUGGCCCGGAACAUACAAGUCUCAUCACACUUUUGAUCUUACCUAUAUAGACAGAUUUGUCGCUCCCUAGGUCUGAACAUGUCUUCCCCUUUCGUAGCAGUCGCUGGCUCUACAGGCGGCCUCGGCCAGCUCAUUGCCCAAGCUCUCCGAAAACGUGGCGUAGCCGUCAAAGGUCUUGUCCGACCAGGCAUUAACGCAUCUCGCACCGAAGCACUUCGUCAAGCCGGCGUCACUAUCGCCCCGGUCGACCUUUCCGACCAAAAGGCUUUGACCAAGGAAUUAAACGGAGCAACCUGCGUCGUAUCCGCCCUCCAAGGUCUACGAGAUGUCAUAAUCACUACGCAAGGAGCCCUCCUCGCCGCCGCUGUGGACGCCAAAGUCCCGCGCUUCAUUCCGUCCGACUACUCGCUCGACUUCACAAAGACAAAGCCCGGCUCGAAUCGAAACCUGGACAUCCACCGUGAGUUCCACUCGCACUUGGACAAGUCUGGCAUCGCAUGGACGACGAUUCUGAAUGGCGCGUUUCUGGAUCUGAUGACCUCCGACAUGUCGCCCGUGAAUCACAAGAAGAGAACUGUCAUGUAUGCAGGCAGUGCUGAUCAACCCAUGGACUACACUACAAUGGUUGAUGUAGCCGCAUACACUGCUGCUGCUGCCACGGACCCGAAUCCGACGCCCAAGAUUUUGCGUAUCGCCGGUGCUGUGGCAAGUGCAAAGCAGAUGGCUGCCAUUGUGGGCGAAGUAGAGGGUGUCGAGUACAGUCCAUCAUCUAUUGGGCCAGUCUGGCUAAUGGAGCGCAUGAUUCCCGUCGUGCGCUUUUUCGGUGGUGAAAAUGAUGUUUUUCCUGCGUGGCAGGGAAUGCAAUAUAUGGCCAAUAUGGCUUCAGGAGCGGGAAAGCUGGAUCCACUUGACAACGAUCGCUACUCGGGAUUGGAAUGGACGAGCAUAGCACAUGUUAUGCGUGAGGCAAAGGCCAAGAGGCCAUGAAGAGAAUCGUUUGACAGUGCCGUGCCGGGCUUAGUAGUGUUUUGGGUGCUAUAUAUCUAGUAUUUAUCUCGAGAUGACCUGACUUAUUCCAGAGUAAACAUGACUUUAAGAUCUAAC